CCCACGUUAAUCAUGUGGUUCUUUCUUUUAGUGCUUGUGCUCUUCCUUGGCCUCGUAUGGAUCUAUCAACACUUUCAGCGGCGGUAUCAAUUUUGGGCGAAAUUGAAUGUUCCCUUCAUGGAACCGUCGUUCCCGGUCGGAAACGUUGGAGAAACGUUAAAGCCGACCAUUCACUUUGCGCACAUCAUCGACGGCCUGUACCGGAAGCUGAAGCACCACGGUGAUUACGUGGGAAUCUACUUUUUCCGCGAUCCCGUGCUGCUGGUGCUUUCGCCCGAAUUUGCUCGUACGAUCCUGGUGAAGGAUUUCAACUACUUUGUGGACCGCGGUGUGUACAGCAAUGAGGAAGUUGACCCCCUGUCGGCCAACCUGUUCUUUAUGGAAGGAAACCGAUGGCGUAAUCUGCGAGCCAAGCUGACACCGACCUUUACCUCCGGGAAGCUGAAAUCUAUGUUCCACACAAUCGUGGCCGUCGGGACGCGGUUGGAUCAGUACUUGGAGGAACGAUGCGUUGAACCUACGCGAAUCGACAUCAAGGAACUUCUGGCCCGCUUCAUGACGGACGUGAUCGGUUCGUGUGCGUUCGGUAUCGAGUGCAACAGCCUACACGAUCCAUCGUCCAACUUCCGGCAAAUGGGAAAGCGGAUGAUAAACCUGCCCAAGCUGAAAGCUCUGAAAGUGUUUUUCGCCAUGAUGUUCCGCCGCCAGGCAAGGUCCCUUGGGGUGCGGUUCAACGACAAGGAUGUAUCGGAUUUCUUCUUCUCCGUCGUGCGGGACACGAUCCGCUACCGGGAGGAACACGGUGUCCGGAGGGACGACUUCAUGCAGUUGCUGAUCGACAUGAUGAAAAAGGAAGAUGUGGACGGUACCGAAGGGUUGACAUUCGAAGAGAUUGCCGCACAAGCUUUUGUGUUUUUCUUCGCCGGAUUUGAAACCUCCGCAACGACGAUGACCUGUGCGCUGCACCUGUUGGCCAAUCAUCCCGAGGCACAGCAGAAAGCGAGAAAGUGUGUUCGGGAUGUGCUUGCCCGGCAUGAUGGUCAUUUGACGUACGACUCCAUCAUGGAGAUGGAGUACAUUGAGUGGAUCAUAAAUGAAACCCUUCGUAUAUACCCACCGGUAGCUACCCUGCACCGCAGGACCACUCAAGCGUACCGGCUUCCGAAUGGGGCUGUCCUACCCGAGGAAAUCGGUGUGAUCAUCCCAAACCUCGCAUUCCAACUCGAUCCGGUGCAUUUCUCCAAUCUCUUCGAUUUCAUACCGGAACGGUUUUCUUCUCGAAACGGCUUAAAGAACAAUUUUAGCUAUCUACCAUUCGGUGAAGGGCCACGGAUUUGCAUCGGGAUGCGUUUUGGAUUGUUGCAAACACGUCUCGGGUUGGCGAUGCUUCUGAGAAGUUAUAGCUUCGGGGUGGAAGAGUCUGAAGCCAACCGAACGCUACGUAUCGAUCCGAUUAAUUUAAUUCACGGCCCAGCGGGCGAAGUCUGGUUGAACAUCGAACGCAUCACUUCCGAGUGAUGAGGCAAGGAUGUAUUAUUAUUUGACCGAGGUCUACCUCUUGCUUUUAAAGCAACAUUUUACAACAGCCUUAAAAAGCACCCAAAGAAAAGUCAACCGUGCCAUAUAACUACACACAAUAAAGCUCGCAUUA